CCGGUUAAAUUUGACUCCUCGCCUCGGUACCCGUUCAUGCCGACGACGAUUUGCCGAUUUGGAAUAUAGCGUACUGAUUCCGGGACGAAUUCUUCGAAUCUGCAAAUCUCGUCUUACACCUGAGAAUUUACGGAGACAGAGAGCAGGAGAGGUGUGUGAUGGGUUGCUUUGAUUGUUUCACUGGAGCAAGUAAGGAGCAGAGGCGAGAAGAGGAGCGUGUGGCAUCCGAAGAGGCCCGUGCCAGAGCUGCAGAAGCUGCACAGAAGAGGCAAGAGCAGUUUGAACAGUCUGCAGCAGGAAGAGCUGCAAAAGCACAGCUAGCUGCUGCUGCAAAACAGAAUGCUAAUACUGAUAGAGACAAGCCAGUUCUUCAGUGGCAGAUGGGAUGAGCUCACUUCAAUACUUGGAUUUGGUUGUACACUAUUACAAAACAACUUUCGCAUAGCUAGUCCACCCGUGAUCUGGAAUGACCAUCAUCAAUUGACGAUUCUCAAAAUAAAGUGUGUGUAAAGAGCACAUUGAGCUGAACAAUAUCUUUGUUUUACUUAUUAAUGUAUAGUUGAGAGUUGAAGGCUCACCUCUGUAUUUAUCAACUGUGUUAGAAGCUCAAAAAGAGAGAAAAUUCUCACUUGCUUUGGGAACAAUUUUAUCUAUGAAUCUGCCUAGGGUUUCUGAUUUGGUU